AUGAAAAAGAAACUUUUUCGAUUAGAAAAGUCAAUGAAGAACUCUCAUAAUGAUUCGGUUGACGACAACGAGAAAGCAGAGCAUACAAUCGACGGAUAUUGCUUUGUGGGCUUAAAUUCUGGUUUUCCAAGUUUCACAAUAUUAAGUAAAAGUUUUGAUGAAUUUAUUCGCAUUCUUGAAAAAAUUUAA